AUGGUGCUGGUGCUGGUGCUGGCACUGUGGGCCUGCCUGGCACUGGGCACAGCCAGUGAGGAAAGCCCGGCACCCGCGCCCCUGGCAGGCGGCCAGCCCUUUGCCGUGGUGUGGAACGUCCCCACCGGGCGCUGCCAGCACCGCUUUGGCAUAGGGCUGCCCCUCAGCAACUACGGCAUUGUGGAGAACCAGGGUGGCCACUUUGCUGGCCAGAACAUCACCAUCUUCUACAAGAACAAGUUUGGGCUGUACCCCUACCUGUCACAGCACGGUGUCCCCCAUAACGGGGGCCUCCCCCAGCGUGUCUCCCUUGAUGCCCACAUCAGCAGGGUGGCCGAGGACAUCCACCUCCUCCUGCAACCUGCCUUCCAUGGCUUGGCCGUGGUGGACUGGGAGGAGUGGAGGCCCCUGUGGGCCCAAAACUGGGGAGCCAAAAAGAUGUACCGGACAGCCUCGGAGCAGUGGGUGCGGGACCAGUACGGCGUCCUGCCGGCUCGGCAGCAGCUCCGACUGGCCCAGCUGGAGUUCGAGCAGGCGGCACAGGCUCUAAUGGAGGAGACACUUCUGGUGGGCCGAGCCCUGCGCCCUGGGGGGCUCUGGGGUUUCUACCGCUUUCCCGACUGCCUCAACAGCAACUGGGCCAAGGAGGCAAACUAUACCGGGCAGUGCCAGCCGGCGGAGGUGCAGCGUAACAACCAUCUGGGCUGGCUCUGGGCCGCCUCGUCUGCCCUCUACCCCAGCAUCUACCUGCCGCUGGCGCUGCCGCCCGCCCUGCGCCGCCGCUACGUGCACCACCGGCUGCGCGAGGCCCUGCGCGUGGCCGCCUUCGGGGCCCGCGGCCUCCUGCCCGUGAUCGCCUACUCCCGUCUCUCCUUCCGCCGCUCCUCACGGUUCCUGCCGCUGGCUGACCUGGUGCACACCAUCGGGGAGAGCGCGGCGCUGGGAGCGGCUGGGCUCGUGCUCUGGGGAGACAUGUCGUACUCGCACUCGGCUGAAAGCUGUGCCAACCUGCGCCACUACCUCGUGUCCACCCUGGGUCCUUACGUGGCCAACGUGACGGCAGCAGCCCGAGAAUGCAGCUAUGGGCAGUGCCAUGGGCACGGGCGCUGUGUGCGCCGGCAGCCCCACGACCUGGGCAGCCUCCUGCACCUUGGCCCCCGUGCCAGCCCUUGGGCUGCUUUCCGCUGCCACUGCUACCGUGGCUGGGCAGGUGAGGGCUGUGCCCAGCGGGCGCGGCUCAGCCCUGCCACCUCCUGCCAGGUGCCCGCCCACGCUCACAGCCCCUAUGGGCACAAGGAUCUCACAUCCUCUGACACCUGCCUGCCACAGGGCACGUGGGGCUGGUGACAAAGGCCGGGGACCGCCACAGUCCCCUACCCCAGCUGUGCUGCUGCUGGCACUUCCUGUGGUCUCAUUAAUCUAAAUAAAUUGUUCUUGCACA